AUGCUUCUACUGUGCCAGCGUAGCAGUCCGGUAUUCAGGGUGGCAAUUCUCAAGCACAGGCACCGCAAGGCCGUGUCUUUGUACAUGCACCGGCUGAUACCUCUUCUGGACCGUCAGUUCUUCGAGGUGUUAUGUGUUGAUAUGCCAGUAGGGGUUUUGGUGUCCUUGGACCGAGUUGUUCGGGAUUGUUCUAUUGUGAUAGCCGAGCGGACUUUUGUGUUUGGUCUUAUCCUCCUAGAAAUGACUAGCUUUGAUAUCAUUCUCGGGAUGGAUUGGUUAGCUUUCUUUCGUGCCACGAUUGAUUGUUUCAUAGGAAGAGUUACAGUUUGCACUCCUGAGGGAGAUUGUUUCUUUUUCAUGGGAUAUCGGAAUGAUUCCCAGUCUUCAUCAUUGUAUGGAAUUCGAGAACGAAGUCGUGGAGACUAUUUCUUGGCUGGUCUUCUAGCCGAAGAAGAUGAUGUUAUAAGAGAAGACUAUCCGAAAGUAGUUCGUGAUUUUUUGGAUGUGUUUCCAGAGGAUUUGACAGAGUUGCCUCCACACCGAGAAGUGGAGUUUACAAUUGACUUGAUGCCCGGUACCGCGCCGAUUUCUAUGGCACCGUAUUGUAUAACACCCAUUGAAUUGGAAGAGUUGAAGAGGCAGCUUGAUGAUUUGAGGAUGAAAGGUUUCAUCCGACCCAGUGUGUCACCGUAG